AUCUCUCUUUCGGUGGCAAAUACAUUUGUGGCACUUUCUGCAAUUCUGGAAAACGCUCUAAUCCUAGCUGCGCUACACAGGGAAUCUUCACUUCAUCCGCCGUCCAAACUCCUGUAUCGUAAUCUAGCGAUAACUGAUCUCGGUGUUGGAAUGGUAGUGGUGCCUUUGCGCAUGGCUUACUGGAUUUCUGUUGUAACUAAAAGCUGGGAUAUUUGCUAUUACACAGAUCUGAUAUGUUACGCCGCAGGUUAUGUGAUAUGUGUAGUGUCUUUGAGCACAUUGACUGUGAUAAGCGUAGACAGACUUCUCGCCCUGAAGCUGGGGCUGAGAUACAAACAAGUAGUAACUUAUAAAAGAAUGCGUACAACUGUUUUUGCUAUUUGGAUAAUGGCUUUGGUCGGGGUAUCGCCUUACUUCUGGAAUGCACGUGUAACUUCCUUGUGGGGUGACAUUAUUUUACUUCUGUGUCUGGCCAUCUCAGUUGUCGCUUACACAAAAAUUUUUUUCACUUUGCGUCAUUUACAAAUUCAAGUUAACCCAGGGCAACCGGCUCAGGCAACUCCCCUGAACAUAGCUCGAUACAAGAGUGCGGUGUCUAGUGCACUUUGGGUACAGGUAACGUUGGUGCUUUGUUACCUUCCUGCUGGCUUAGCAGCAGCUACGACACCUCAGACCGGGAUAACUGUAUCUCGAUACCUUGCAAGAGAAAUUCUAAGUUGUUUAAUUUUCUUAAACUCGUCAUUAAACCCGUUACUAUACUGCUGGAAGAUUAGAGAAGUAAGGCAAGCUGUUAAAGAUACAGUAAACCACCUUUUCAGUUCAUCAGGUUAG